UCUCAAAUUUCUCACUUCAACUUUCAACUUCUUUUCUCUAUUCUCUUUCCCUCAAUUUCUCCAUCUCUUAAUAGCUAUCUAUACCUUUAUUCAAACAAAAAUGAGCAACAUAAGCAUGGUAGAGUCUAAGCUCCCACCAGGGUUCAGGUUUCAUCCUAGAGAUGAAGAGCUUGUCUGUGAUUAUUUGAUGAAGAAGGUUACACACAGUGAUUCCCUUCUCAUGAUUGACGUUGACCUUAACAAGUGUGAGCCUUGGGAUAUUCCUGAAACAGCAUGUGUGGGAGGGAAAGAAUGGUAUUUCUAUACACAACGAGAUAGAAAGUAUGCAACAGGGCUACGUACAAAUCGUGCCACUGCUUCAGGGUAUUGGAAGGCCACAGGGAAGGAUAGGGCUAUCCUUAGGAAGGGUACCCUUGUUGGGAUGAGGAAGACUUUGGUGUUCUAUCAAGGAAGAGCACCCAAAGGGAGAAAAACUGAGUGGGUCAUGCAUGAAUUUCGUAUUGAAGGCCCACAUGGCCCUCCUAAGCUUUCUUCUUCCAAGGAAGACUGGGUUUUGUGUAGGGUGUUCUACAAAAAUAGAGAAGUGGCAACAAAGCCUAGUAUGGGUAACUGCUAUGAUGACACCGGCUCUUCAACUCUCCCUGCAUUAAUGGACUCUUACAUUAGUUUUGAUCAAGCUCAAACUCAUGCAGAUGAAUUUGAGCAAGUGCCCUGCUUCUCCAUUUUCUCUCAAAACCAAACAAACCCCAUUUUCAACCACAUAACUACUGUGGAGCCAAAAUUGCCAAUCAACAAUGCUACAAGUGCAUAUGGAGGAGCACCAAAUUUGGGUUAUUGCUUAGACCCUUUAUCCUGUGACAGAAAAGUAUUAAAAGCUGUUUUGAGUCAGAUCACAAAGAUGGAAAGGAAUCCUCUUAACCAAAGUCUAAAAGGGUCACCAAGUUUAGGAGAAGGAAGUUCAGAGAGUUACUUAUCUGAAGUGGGUAUGCCACACAUGUGGAACAAUUACUAAUAUGUUACUUUAGUCCUUAUAUCCUCUCCCCCACAAUGCCAACAAGGGAAAAGAAUUAAAGAAAAAGAAAGAAAAAGAAAGCAUAAGGGGGAAGAUGUAAUCCAUUGUUUCAAGUCAUGGUGAGUACUUGCAUUAUACAUGUGUUGUUUAGCUAUUAAUAUAUACCCAUCCAUGAGGUCCCAAUAUAUUAGGAAAAUGGGACUUGUAAUUGAAACUUAUAAAUAUUUGUAGUUAAUUUUAGUUAGUGGAUGGAAUUUUUCUUUUUGUUAAAUUAGAUGAUGGAUUGAGAUGUUAUGAAAUCUCAAAUAGGGUCAUUUCAUCUAUACCUUUAUGAUUGAGAAAUUUUCAUGAGAUAACACCACCACUCUAAAUCCACCUUGGCAUUAGUGUUGGUGCUCCAAGUAGCAGAAACGUAU